UAGCUGGCUACUUAUUGAGAUUUAGUAUGACUUAAUGAAACUGCCUUAAAUGUGCUGUAGUAAACAUUUUUUUUAUUCGCACUAAUCAAUCAACACGUUCUUCUCUUUGUAUGUCUCAAUAUAAUGCUAUUAUUUCAUUACAUCCAUGUAAAAUAAUCUUUGUCUGAAAAUAAAAUAUGAUCCUCAACUGCGUUUCCCCUCCAGUCAGCAGACGGCGAUGUGCGUCUUUCAGGCGAUGCUGCCAGCGUGACGUUUAAUCUAGUGGACGGUUCUUCAGAAACAGCUCGUCAACCACCCCGGUAGCUUGCUAGCCAACAUAGCCGAUAGAUUCAAGCUAUUUAUACGCUUUCGGUCUAAAUUUGCUGCUGUGUUUUAGACACACUUCUGUCGUAUCUACUUGUUUACCUAUUUAAUUUAAUAUUACGUUAUUUUGUAUUAGUCAGAUAUAGCAGCUGGCUGGUUAAGUUAGUACUAGACUAGUCGCUAAUGAUAGAUAGCUAGCUAACAUCUCCGAACAUGAGCUCCCUAAACUACUCCCCUCCUGUUAAAGAAGAGGUCUGCUGGACGGAGAAAGAAGCUCUGGGGCUGAACAUUGUCGUGAAAGAGGAGACGGGAGAGGAGGAUGUCACAGUAAACCAAGAAGUUGGGGUUGAGGCUGUUACAGUGAAAGAAGAGAGAGACGUUUCAGUGAAAGAAAAGAAAGACUCGUUCAGAGUGAACGAGGAGGAGGAUGUCACAGUAAAAGAAGAGGAAGGGAAAGAGGAUGUCGUGAAGAUGGAAGGGGAGAUUACUGUCACAUUGGAAGAUGACGAUGAGGAGGAUGUUACAGUAAAAGAAGAGGAUGUUACAGUAAAAGAGGAUGUCGUUUUUGGAGUGAAGAAGGAAGGGGAGAUUACUGUCACAUUGAAAGAUGAGGUGGAGAUAGAUCUGAUUAACACCAGAGAGAAAUCAGACUCUGACAGCGGGGAGAGUCCUUCAGGGGAACCAGACCCAGAGACGCCCAAACCAGCAAGACAACACCACUGCUCCCACUGUGUUAAGAGUUUUUGCUGGUCAGGGAACCUAAAACUGCAUGAAAGAACACACACAGGAGAAAAGCCUUUCCAAUGUUCCCAGUGUGGAAAGAGUUUUACCAUGUUAGCUAACCUGAAAAGGCAUGAGAGAAUACACACAGGAGAAAAGCCUUAUCACUGUUCCCACUGUGGAAUGAGUUUUACUCAGACAGGGCACCUAAAAGCUCAUGAGAGGAUACACACAGGAGAAAAGCCUUUCCAAUGUUCCCAGUGUGGAAAAAGUUUUACUAAGAAAGGGCAAUUAAAAGAGCAUGAGAGAAUACACAAAGGAGAAAAGCCAUUCCAAUGUUCCCAUUGUGGAAAGAGUUUUACUCUAAUAGGAAACCUAAAAAAGCAUGCGAGACUACACACCGGAGAAAUGCCUUUCCAAUGUUCCCAGUGUGAAAAGAGUUUUGCCGUGUUAGCUAACCUGAAAAGGCACGAGAGAAUACACACAGGAGAAAAGCCUUACCACUGUUCCCACUGUGAAAAGAGGUUUAUUCAGUUAGGGGACCUAAAAGCUCAUGAGAGGAUACACACAGGAGAAAAGCCUUAUCACUGUUCCCACUGUGAAAAGAGUUUUAUUCAUUUAGGGUACCUAAAAGCUCAUGAGAAGACACACACAGGAGAAAAGCCGUUCCAAUGUUCCCAUUGUGAAAAGACUUUUACCAUUUUAGCUAACCUGAAAAGGCAUGAGAGAAUACACACUGGAGAAAAGCCUUAUCACUGUUCCCACUGUGGAAUGAGUUUUACUCAGACAGGGCACCUAAAAGCUCAUGAGAGGAUACACACAGGAGAAAAGCCAUUCCAUUGUUCCCAGUGUAGAAAGAGUUUUACUAAGAAAGGGCCGUUAAAAGAGCACGAGAGAAUACACACAGGAGAAAAGCCUUUCCAAUGCCCCCAGUGUGGAAAGAGUUUUCCCUGGUUAAGGAGCCUGAAGGAGCAUAAGAAGACACACACCAAAAAAGCCCUACCACUGCUCUCUCUCUGUGUGGAAGGACAUUUUCCCAGUCACAGAACCUGAAAUCACAUGAGACAAUAAAGGUGCUGUGUUCUGACUUUUUUUUUUUGACUGAGAAUUUGUGUUUUUGUUUAUGCCACAUGAAAUCAUAUUGUUUACGAUUAUACCUGUCUAUAUAAGGUCCUACAGUUGACAAUGCACGUCAGAGCAAACGCCAAGCAAUGAGGUCAAAGAAAUUGUCCGUAGAGCUCCAAGACAGGAUUGUGUUGAGGCACAGAUAUGGGGAAGGGUACCAAAACAUAUCUGUAGCAUUGGAUGUCCCCAAGAACACAGUGGUCACCAUCAUUCUUUGAUUGAAGAAGUUUGGUACCACCAAGACUCGCACGGCCAAACUGAGCAAUUGGGGGAGAAGGGCCUUAGUCAGGGAGGUGACCAAGAACCCGAUGGUCACUCUGAUAGAGCUACAGAGUUCCUCUGUGGGGAUGGGAGAAC